UAGAUUGUCUUCAUGCUCUUUUCUUGAUUUAAAGCCUCAACUGUGCCUGAUACAUCAUGGCACUUUUGGCACCAACUAUAUUACGUUCUCUUCGCCCCUUUCAAUCCAUCUUGAAAGUGGUAUCAACUGCGUCUACUUGUCUCCCCCCGGCCAGGAGUAUGGCGUCGGAGGUGGACAAGGCAAGGAGUGCUGCGGCAUCUGCAAAGAGCCAGCCAACUAUUUUUGACAAAAUCAUUGCUAAAGAAAUUCCUGCUGAUAUCAUUUAUGAAGAUGACCAGUGCCUGGCCUUCAAUGACAUCAGUCCUCAGGCUCCGACUCAUUUUCUGGUGAUACCAAAGAGGCGCAUUGCCAUGUUGGACGAUGUUGAACCAGCUGACAAAGAUAUUCUUGGUCAUCUGCUGUUUACGGCCUCCAAGCUGGGUCGUGAACGACUUGGAAAUGGUUUCCGCCUAGUUAUCAACAACGGGAAAGACGGAGCCCAGUCUGUGUUCCACCUCCACAUCCAUGUGUUGGGUGGAAGGCAGCUGCAGUGGCCUCCUGGCUAACAGAAGACGUGCCCAAUCGCGAACAUUUCCAGUGGUGAUGGGGUUACUGUUGUUAUCCCAGUUAUUGAAGUACAAAAUUCGUGUCUUGUCUUCACAAGCCCUCAUGAUAAAUUGAUUCCUUUUUGUACUUUCCUCAAUUUCCUUGUCUCUUAAGCAAUUAAAAGUUGACUAAACUAGA